CAAAGUUAACGUCACGUCAAGCUAGCUAUCAGCUGAAGAAGCUUGUCCUAAAUAUUAUGAACAUGUCAACUACAGAGGAAGACACAGAGAUGACCAUUCCAUGUGUGGCCAUCACGAGUUGUGACAGCGGUUUUAAAGAAGAAGAGCUGAUAAAACAGAUUCUCAGUACGAAGACUUUACCUGAGCCGAUCAAGCGAGAGGAAACAGUAGUGUGGUAUCCGUGGACCAUCAACAAUAAAUAUUACACAGCGGAUGUCAGGCUAUGUGUUGUACCGAGCACUUUUCAGAUGUCAUCAGAGAUUGCUCAGUCGAUGCAGGCUUUCAUCGCCUAUUUUGACAGCACAGUGGAGGAUGGUCUGGAAAAACUAAAUCCCUGGAUAUCUGUGGUGGAAGAUCUUGCUCCAGAGGUGCUCAUUCUGGUGUGUGACAGAGUCUGUGAAAAUGGGGUGACCAGACAUGAAGCACAACAGUGGUGUUUGGCUCAUGCAUUUGAACUGGUGGAGCUCAAUCCGCAGGAGCUGCCAGAUGAAGAUGAUGACUUUCCAGAAUCUACAGGAGUAAAGAGAAUUGUCCAGGCUCUCAAUGCCAACGUGUGGUCCAGUGUAGAGAUGAAGGAUGGGCACAAUCAGGGCUUUGGUCUGAUGAGUAGUUUGGUGGCUGCCAGACACAACAACCCACACAGCUGUUCACAAGAGCCACAGUCUUCCACCUUGCCAGUAGAGGGCUCACUUGUUAAUGAGGACACUAGCCAUACAGAAAGUAGUGCAAACACAGACACACAGGGAGACACAGUAGUUGAUGCUAUGACUGAUUUGGACAUUCAGGAACUCGCUAAUCUCACAGCUGGAGAUGCAGAUGUGGAUAACUUUGAACGUCUCUUUACCAAAUUAAAAGAGAUGAAAGACAAAGCUUCUUCAUUACCUCAUGAGCAGAGAAAGGUUCAUGCAGAGAAGGUAGCAAAAGCGUUUUGGAUGGCCAUCGGCGGUGAUGACGAUGAGAUAGAUGGCUUAUCAUCUGGUGAGGAAAGCUAAAAGUAGCUACCUGUGACUCAGCCUCCCUUCUCCUGGUCCUCCUCCUUUCCUGGGCCUCCCACAAGAUCCAGCGCCCUUUGACUUGCUUCUUGCACCUGGAAAGUGGAGAUGCUUACAGAUGGUGCUGUAGGCACAGUCAUGUUUAGAAACUUUUGAUUCUUAAUAUAAAAUGAUUCCAAUACCGAUGUGUAGAGAGAAGAUACUUUGAAUAGGGCGAGAGGAGAUCCAGCUGAUGGCCCUGAUCCUCAGUCCUCUCCCCUGGGUCCCUUGCUUUGCUACGAGCCCCAAAUGAGCGUCAACACACGAUGCCGUCGCAGGUGGAAAAACAAGAAAAUGAUGUGGGCUUUGAUUUAUGUGUAUGUCCCUUAGGUACAGUUGUCACAUAUAUGUGCAAGUGACAUAAUGUGCCUUAUCCUUAGAAGAGUUGUAAGACAUUUAAUGCGCAUUCUGUUCAAUCAACAUAAAGACUUGUGAUUUUAAUUUUUUUUGGCUGUUUUGCAUAUUUUAUUGUGAACACAAGACUGUUGGACUACAUCUCAUGCUAAUUAAGAUUAAGAAAAAUACACGCACCAGAAAAACAGCAACACCUGUGUGCAAUAAUGGAGCAUCUCUAUAGUAAAUAAAAUGUUCAGUGGCAGUGCUGUAAUGGACAACAUUAUGCUGAAAGGUGUUUUAAGGCUUUUUCUCUUUGCAGAACUGUAAAAGAUUAUCUUACAAUAUGCCAUCCAACAAAAUAUCAACACAAACUACACCCUCAAAAACUGCCCAGUGGUUGACUCAUCUAGAAUUGUCUUUCCCUUUUAAUCCUAAGUAUAUUGGCUUGAUUUCUCUUAAACAAAUGGUGAGAAGCCAAUGAGCGACAAAAGAAGAACU